AUGGGCGCGAUGCAGGUGACCACGAAGAAACCCGUGCUCGCCGAGCGGGUGCUGGGCACCGUCCAGUGGUUCAACGUAAAAAACGGCUAUGGCUUCAUCAAGCGCAACGACACGCUGGAAGACAUCUUCGUCGACCAGACCGCCAUCACGCGGAACAACCCGCAGAAGGUCACGGGCAGCGUUUACGAGGGUGAGACCGUCGAGUUUGACAUCGUCAUAGGUGAGAAGGGACGCGAGGCCGCCUAUGUGACCGUUCCCGACGGCGAGCCCGUACCGUGCUUCCCUUACGCCACGGACAGAAGACGCUUCAGAGGGCGAUGGUUCUUGAGACGGAGUCAACGCCGACCGAUGCCCAAUCCGCGCCAAGGUGUGCAGGCCUCGGACGACCUCCAUGACGUUGUGCUUGUGCCAGUGUGA